AUGACCGGCGAACCUCGCAUCAUCCGUCGACGACGGGGACCAUUCAAGCGUUCCCGAACUGGCUGCGGCACGUGUAAACGCCGCGGAAAAAAGUGCGACGAGAUAUGGAACGUAGAUGGGUUCUGCCAACGAUGCCUCGCAGGGCCAUGGGAAUGUACGGGGCGUUCGCCGGGCCCAACACGGAGCGACGCAGGUGCCCAGGUAGGCUAUGGUCUUCUGGCACCGAUGGGGUUGGCCAGCGUGAAUGGCGACGCGGCCCUGCAGACCGGACACGCUACGCAGGCGGGUGUCGAUUGCACAAAUAGCCUGUCGAGCUCACCGCAACCCGCCACCAACUCCAAUACGAUACCAGACGAGGGAUACCUCUCUCUGUGGGGAGAAAUGGCCCGAGCGCCCCGAUUACCGCUCAACCCGUUUGGCAGCGCUGUCCUCACUGAAGGACCACCGGGGAGUGGUAGCCACGCGCCACACAGCCACGCGCCACACAACCACGCGCCACACAGCCACCCGCCACACAGCCACCCGCCACAGACCACCGAGCAAGCGUUCUGGGACGAGAUUGGCGCAAACUGGAGCAAUGUGCUGGAUCCAGCGAGCCGCGUUUUCAACUCGGACAAGCCGAUGCGGUGGGGCGUCUCCCUCGCCGAGAUAUACGCUCGGGUAGUCGAGUCGUGGCUUGUUGGCCUGCCCGGUCCCACUCGAGACUAUGCCCGCACUCGAAUUCUCGCACUACACGAUUCGAACAGCCGAUCGGCAACCUAA